AUGCUAAAUACGUCAGAUACCCCGCAGGAUUUGCGCGAGCGGGGACACGGUGUGUUGAAUGUCCAUCGGCCGGGAUGCGGAGGCAAUUCCAUCCCCGCCACAUCGCCCAUCCGCAGCUCUGUGGCCUUGAUUGCCGACCUCAUUCCGCGCGUGUACCGCUCCCAAACUGACGGGCGAGCCGUCAUUCUCAGCGAACAUUCUAUCGGUGGCGCCAUCGUGCUCGCCAUCGCGGCCCAAUCAGAUUGCCAGACUUCUCCAGUACUAGCUGUCAGCGCCCUCGGAGUGGUGCCAACAUUGGGACGAGAUCUUCUCCUACCAAGCCCAAAUAUUGUACCGGUGCAAUAUCUCGCUGCCGAAUACAAAUCCGCUUGGCAGUAUACGACUGAGGCUCAACCACGCUUCGUUAACUUGGCAAAGCUUUUCAAGGGUUCGUCCAACGUGCACUCGGAGCAAAUGGCAUCAUAUCCAGCUGCUUUUAGUUCGAUCCCCGUUCUUGACUUCAAAGAAGCCUUGUCGCCGUCGACCAAGCCGGUGUUUUUGAGUCAUCUCCGAGACGCACUGAUCAAUGUCGGCUUUUUCUACCUUCAGAACCCGCCCAUCUCACUCAGAGUACAGCAUGCAUUUUUGGAAAAGGCGUUGGGUCUCUUUCAUCUCCCACUAGAGAAGAAACUAGAGAUAGAGAUGGUCAAUAGCCCGCAUUUUCUCGGCUACUCCAGACUUGGGUCAGAGAUCACCGCCCUUAAAAAGGACCACCGUGAGCAGUUUGAUUUCGCAACCGAACUGCCAGCACCCGCAAAGGAUGAGCCACUGUAUAGGAAUAUCUACGGUCCAAACCAGUGGCCCGAUGAAACUGCAAUCUCAGGGUUCCGCAAGGCUAUUGAGGACUAUAUCGCUGAAGCAAGCGUCAUGGCCGCUUCUUUUACAGCCCUUAUUGCAGAAGCUCUGGAUCUUCCGCCAACAGCUUUUGAUCAAGCUUUCGAUGAUCCAGGGCAGCAUAAAUUAAAGCUUAUCAAGUAUCCCCUCCCGCCAUCUUCCGGUGAUAAUACUGCCGGCUUCCAGGGCGUCGGUGCUCACAAAGACUCUGGCUUUCUGACUUUCCUUUUACAAGCAACAUCUCACCAUGGCCUUGAGGUGCAAAACAAAGCCGGGAACUGGAUUUCUGUAGCCCCAGUUCCUGACACAUUUGUGGUCAACAUCGGGCGCGCCCUUGAAGCACUGACGGGAGGGGUUUGUACGGCGACUACUCAUCGUGUGAGUCUACGGGAAGAACACUUUGUGGAUGCUGAAGGAAACUCCCUUGGUCCGCGGUUUUCUUUCCCGGUUUUUCAAGGGGUCAGCCCAGAUCUCUCUGCGGAAAAAGUUUCACUGGUUAUUCCGAGCCACAUACGGAAUCUGGUGAAGGAUGACAAAGUCAAAUCAGAUGCCGAAGCUACAUUUAACGAAAUGUUCCGAACAAACAUUGGGGAAGCUACGUUGGUCGCUCGAGUGACGAGUCAUCAAGAUGUCGGGCAGCGAUGGUACCCAGGGGUGUUAUGCAAGGCUCUCAAGGGCCAAAGGGGCUUUAUUGCGCAUUAA